AUGAAACGCGACCAAGACGACAUGUUCACCACUAUUGACGCAUUGAAGCGCGCUUCAAUGUACAAGGAGGGAAGCCGAAUUCACGCCUUGGAGCAGAGUCUUCAUGAGAUGAGUUACGCAGUGUUCCGUGGAAUCUGCUACAAGGCCUUCAACACACGUCAGACCUUCAGCGAGGCAGUUGCAACCUGCGGUGAAGACGGCGGCACCCUCGCCAUGCCCCGAGACGCUGAAAUCAACGCUUUCCUGAUCUCCUUGUACAAGUCCGUGAGCGAUAGUACGUGUGGUUACUUCUGGUUCGGCCUGCACGAUCAGCGCGAAGAAGGAAACUUUGAGUGGAUGGAUGGUUCUGCACUUGGGACCUACAACUCCUGGUAUCCGGGAGAGCCAAACAACAAUGCGGGCCGCGAAGACUGCGUUCUUUACCAACAAGUCCAUAAAGACAUGUGGAACGACGGACGUCCGUAG